AUUGGAUUAGGUGCCUACCCAUAGCCGUGUGGUUUACUGCAGCUUUAAUUAAAUGUCUGCUGAGCUGAACGCAUUUGUUUAGUUGCAUAUGCUUCAUGGCGUUGUGUUAUUCAGGUGUAAACGGUGUGUUAUCUGGUUUUGCCACAAUCAGAUAUGCUCUCCUGUAGCUGAACACCAGUGAUCUCGUCACUCUAGUGUUUGCAAGGACAAAGCUUUAGAUCGGCUUACUGUACUGUAAUCACCUGAGUGCAGUUCUUUAGCCUGACUCUUCCGGUUUGCGACAGAUGACAGUCUUCUCAGCGACUACAUUAAAUUAGGCAGAAGGCUGUCAGGAUAAACGCAAUCCACUCCGCAAGAAGGGAUAUAUUAGGUAUUUAAUCACAUAAUGAGUAACGCCUUUAAAAACUGCAAAACUAUCCGUAACCGGGGCCUCGGAUUACAAAUAGUUGAAAGCUUAGUGAAUGGAGGAUUUUAUCCAGGAAAGAUCAUCGCUACUGCACGCAAUCCGGGGGAAGCGAAGGAAUUGCAGAGCCUUUCCAAGAAUCAUCCAAACAUACACAUUAUCUCACUUGAUGUUGUCAGUGAAGAGAGUAUCAAGAAGGCUGCUGUGGAGGUAGAACAGAUUGUUGAGGAGGAUGGCCUCAACUGCCUUAUCAACAAUGCUGGCAUCAACGUCACAGCCGACUUUGAAACAGUGACCGCUGAGAAAAUGUUGCAGAACUUUCAUACGAAUUCUGUCGGACCCCUCAUGAUCACCAAGGCUAUGCUUCCAAUGUUAAAGAGGGCUGCGGCUAAUGGGGUAGGACUGGGCAUCCACCGAGCUUCAGUUAUCAACAUGACCUCGCUCUUGGGCUCAGUGGAGCUCAACUGGGGAGAAUGUGCCAAGGACUUCAAAUGGUACCCGUACAGAACGUCAAAGAGCGCACUAAACAUGAUCACUAGAUGUAUGGCAGUGGACCUGGAGGCUGACGGGAUCCUCUGUAUGGCUAUUCAUCCUGGCUGGGUUCACACAGAUAUGGGAGGGCAGGAGGCACCACUGAGUACAGAAGAGAGCAUCAGCUCUGUCUUGGCUGUGAUUGGCAGUUUGACUGAGAAAGAUCAUGGCACAUUUCUGCACUACACUGGAGAAUCUCUGCCCUGGUGAUGCUGCCGAGGAGGAGCAAUAAAGAA